AUGGUCGUAAAGAAAUUUCCUAAUGGUGAUAAAUAUGAUGGAGGAUGGAAAAAUGAUAUGAAAAAUGGUGAAGGAACUCUAGUUUAUGCGGAUGGAGGACAAUAUGCAGGCAGUUGGAUCGAUGAUGAGAGAAAUGGUCAUGGAGUAAAUAAAUGGUCCGACGGUCGUGUUUAUACUGGAGAUUGGCAGGAUAAUAAGCAGCAUGGUGAUGGAACAAUGACUUAUAAUGACGGUGGUAAAUAUGUAGGUGAAUGGGAAAAUGACAUGAGAAAUGGUCAUGGUGUUAAUAGAUGGUCGAACGGAGAUGAAUAUGAUGGAUCUUGGGUAGAUAACGAACGGCAAGGUCAAGGAACAUUUAUUUAUAAUAGUAAAGGUAAUAAAUACAUUGGUGAAUGGUCAGAAAAUAUGAGACAUGGAUAUGGAACGAAUACAUGGGCUAACGGUGAUCGUUAUGAAGGUAUGUGGGCGAAUAAUGAAAAACAUGGCAAAGGAACAUUAACUCAUUCCAAUGGAAGCAAAGAAGAUGGUACUUGGACAAAAAAUAAAUUAAAUAAUGCACCAUCUAAAGACGUACAAGCAGCUACUAAAAAAUUUAAUUCAAAAGAUGCAUUACAAUUCAAAGGUUUAUGGCUUAAUGGUCAACCAUUUAUAAUCUGCUUAAUGCCUAGAGUAGCUGGUUGUUCUUAUCAAGCACUUGCACGUGAAUAUCUUAGUUCAUUAAAUUGGGAUAAAGAAUUUUUUGAUCAUGCAAAUGAUCGUUGUUAUUGCAGUCGUUGCUAUAAAGAAACAUGGAAAGAUGUUAUCGAUGCUGGUAAUAGUCAAUAUGUUAUACCUCGUGGAUGGGUACGUUUUGGAUUGCAACUUGAUCCAGUUAUUAU